ACCCCCCUUUGUCUGAGGCUGGACUUGAACACAGGUCUCCCUGCUCCUCGUCCAACCGCUCCACCGUGCCAGCUCUGCUCAGGCGUCUUCUAUGUGCGGCAGCAUUUGCAGAAUUAAAUUCAGCAGCAAAGGAUGCUCACUGAAGAUCUUCUUUCUUCCGCUAGCCGCCUCUUCCCACGUCCUGCGCUAUUUCUUCACUGGCAUGUCAGAACAAGACCAAGGCCUGCCCCAGUUUGUCAUUGUGGGCUACUUGGAUGACCAGCAGUUUGUCCACUACGACAGCAGUUCCCGGAGGGACCUGCCGCGCGGCUCCUGGAUUCAGAAGUUGGAGGAAGAUGAUGCCCAAUAUUGGGAGUGGCAAACUCAGCUCUCCCGCAGCUGGGAACUCUACUUCCAACUGAGCCUCUGGAACCGCUUCAACCACACCCCGGGCUUUCACACCUGGCAGUGGAUGCACGGGUGUGAGCUGCGCCAAGAUGGACAUAAGGAUGGCAGUUCCCAGUUUGGCUAUGAUGGAACAGACUUUCUCAGCCUGGAUAAAGAGACCCUCACUUGGACGGCAGCCGACUGGCGGGCCCAGGUGACCAAGAGGAGGUGGGAGGCCGACCUGGUCUGGACCCAGGGGCGAAAAAAUUUCCUGGAAGGAGACUGCAUUGAGUGGCUACAGAAAUACCUGAAUUAUGGCAAGGAGACCCUACUCAGAAAAGAGCCCCCGGUGGUAAAGGUCACCCAGAAAGGGAGCUACAACAGGCUUGAGACCCUCAUCUGUCGGCUCCAUGGCUUCUACCCCAAAGAAAUUGAUGUCACUUGGAGGAAGGGUGAGGAAAUCUUGGAGCAGGAGACCCUCCGGGGUGGGACCACCCCCAACUCAGACGGGACCUACCACACCUGGAUCAGUAUCGAGAUUGACCCCAAGGACAGGGAGCAUUAUAAAUGUCAUGUGGAGCAUGAUGGCCUUCUGGACCCACAGGAUUUCACCUGGGAGAAGCCUGCUGCAGUAGGGGCCAUCGUGGGCGGUGUCCUAGGUGCUCUAGCUGCUGCUGUCUUGAUGGUAACUGGGAUCAUAUUCUACACCAAAAGAUGCCGGAAGGGCUACCAAGCUGCAUCAAGGAACAGCCAAGAAUCUGCUUCUUCUGGCAAUGAUAUAGUGGAAUGACAUGUGAAUGAUUACCUGGAUCAGAAGUGAGUCCCCACGUGAAGCUGGUCAGCCGUGUUGGAGCCACAAGUCCCAGAAUUUCAGCCCAGGAGUAUGCUAGAUUGGCAGGCUGGCAUCUCUGGCAUCUUUCUUCUUCCUUCUAGUUCUGUGGUUCUGACAAUCCCCUGGGGUUGUUCACUGAUGCUGGAUUAAAUUUUCUUCACUUGCACUUUGGCUUCAGCAGCGUGAGGACCACCACGAAGGACCUAAAAAUGUGACACAGAUUACUCACCACAGGAUUAUCCUAGAUUUUCAAGAAUGCCUACUGGUUUUCAAGCAACCUAUAUGAUCUUCUCUAGCCUUGUUCUGACCCCGAUCCCUGCCUCCAGCUGCAGAAGUAGCUUGCCUAUUAUUGGAAAUAAGUCUUUAAUGGAUUUAGGGAGAUAGCACUGUUUUUCAUUUUAUUUUCUGAAUAAUUCUGUAUUAAAUAUAUCCCUAAUUUUUCAUUCUGUCUUAAAAAUGAGUGCUAUAUUGGAAAAUAAGAAUAUCAACUUCAGGGGGCCUUAAUGUGAUAUUUUUACAGGGCUUGUGGUCAGUUAUAUAGUGAAUUUGUCAUCUUAUUUAGAUUUAUGAUAGUGACUUUUAUGGUCAGUGUGAUUAUUUUGCGAUGCUAUACAUUGCUGUAAGCUGCUGCUGUAUGAGGUCUGCAGCAUAUAUAUUUAGUAAUUCAUACUCAAAGAUGCCCAAGAUUGCCUUAUUCAGAUAUGUGAAAUAAAUCCUCCCCCCCUCCCAAUCAAAAUUACUGUAUAAAUGAAGCAGGGCCUGAAAGUGCUGUUAGAGUUGGAGAACCAUAGAUUACAUCGCCAUAAUUGGGAGAAAUCUUAAAAAUGGCAUCCAACCAGACUAACGUUUCUUUUUAUGGAAGAAUCUGACUCAGAGGACAAGGAAAUUGGGUUUAUGAUUGCAAAAACAAACCACAGUUAGUGUUGUUCAUGGCAACCAGGAGGAACUUGGAAUUUGUGUUGAUUUUAUCAUUUCUUUGCUUCUGUGAGCUUUUCACCAUUUGACAUGAGUGUCUGCAGGAUUGAAGGUUUUUGUCAAAAUGCAAAAAGCUGAAUGUCACAUCAGUGCACCCCAAACUCCAUGCCUGUCACACGUUUGCAAUGUCUUAACAGACUUAUAAGAAGGGUGUUCUGGUAGAUUCCUUCCUGCAACCAGGACCUGGAUAGCUCCUAACACUAAUGUACCAUAUAUCUGAAGUGUGAAGGUCCGUAACCUCAAUUCCUGAUAGAGGGUUUGAACCCCACAGAUAAGAUCUGCCUACAUAGGUCUGGUGAGUCCCAAUAUAGCACAAAACUAACCAUGUCCUGCUUGCUGGUGGUUGGGGUAAGUUUAAGAUAGGAUUAAGAAGGAUAUUGCAAUAAAAAUAGAGAAAUUGUCAUGCAAGUCAUAUACUGUACAACUUUGGAACUAGAGAUAUGACAUAAAAUAACACCUGAGCUCUUCAGGGAAGGUCGACUGCAUAUACCACUCUGAUUAUAUAUAUAAGAGGGUUGAGAUUGGGCCAUGAGCUCUCCCUUUACUUCUUCUUCCUCUGGUCCUUGGGCACAUGAUGUAAAAUGGAUAACUCUGUGUGUGUGUGUAUGUACUGGUCUAUUGUUAUAGUUUUAGUAUUUAAGAAAAAAAUAAAGGAACAUGUCUCUCUCUUGGA